CUCAAUGAAGUAUGAUAAAUACUUUUUGCCCAACGGGCAGCAGAUCAAUGUUAAGCCAUCCUUUAGGGGAUUUACAUUCACAGUCGAUGAACACACCUUGCACGGCUCUUUUCCACCUAGGUGGUCGAUAUCUGUUUACACCAAGGACUUGGGUAUAGAAAAGUCGUCCAUUGAUGGGAAUGGUCAGUUCCUAAUCGAUCCUGUCUCUUCAUUUACGAGACCAACCCUCCUCAGCGAUGUGCUACACCUAUCUUCAAUGUCGACGCCAUCAAUCCACGACGCGAAACCUGAGAGCGCUGUUACUAGACAAGUGGCCAUGAUUUUAUUUGCCACUUUUCUCUGGUACUUCCAAGAGCCUGCACCAGACCGGCAUGUACCCACAUCGAAUGCAUAUGAAGAUACAGGAGGAGAGUGGAUUCUAAAAGUCAAAGGAGACGGCCUUCUUAGUGGGAAACACCGAAUGCAGAAACUCGAAAGGAUGGGCCUUAUCGCGACUACUGACCCUUCAGUGGGUUCGCAAGAGAGCCCAGAGACCUUUCUUGAGAUGUUCAUCAGUCAAAGAGCCUUCUGGCAGUUGGAUCCUGGGAUCUAUCUGUUUACUCUGGAUCCGCCCAAUUUUCCAGUCAGUGAUAUUGAGGAAUGGACUUCUCCUCCAUCAUUGGAUUCUUUUGGAAGAGGAUUUCCCUUUGGUGCUGGGCCUAAUACUGUUGGGACCUUGAUACCCUCAUAUUACCCUUCCAUCCCACUUCAGUAUAAAUUUACUGACAGGAUUCGCCAUCCCAUCCGCCCAAGAGCUCCUCGGCAAGGCGAGGUGGUUUAUACGAGAUUCAUUCCUAGCAGUGGUCAGAACAUAACGUUCCGCAUACCGCUAAUCCCAAUAAAAAGCUCAAUGAGGUUCUGUUCCAUAACGACGCAGCCAAGCGAAAGGAGCGGUCCGAAUCUAUGCCUUGAUCCAAAACUUAUGAAUGAUUUGGGGUUGCUUUAUCGAUGGACGAACAAGUCUCCAGCUCACACAAGCUUUACUCAGAGCGGUUCUUUAGAGGCCCAGAGGGAAAAUCUGAAAGCCAGCAUGACAAGCAAAUCAUCUUUUCCUGUACUAGCAUACUGGGGAUCGACACCUGUCAGUUUUCUCGAGAUUUUCUGGGUUCUUGAAGAUCGUCAAGGUAGGCUGCGGGGCAAAGUAGAGGACUGGGAUAGGGGCUUCCGGUUCUUCAUUGGAAACGACGACUUUAAUUGCCUGGAUAAUCUGGCAGUCUUCCUGAGUUCGGUGGUUCAUUAUUGUUGGUUGUGCGACCAGAGAACAUCUUCCGUCCUGGUGGAGGUUCCGGCGGACCAUGAAAGGUUCAUUUCAUCCCUACGAGACAUUGGUUUCUUUAGGGAAAGCGAAGUAUAUGUUUCGCAGGAGCGUGCUGUCAUCAUGAAAAUUAAACGUAGUUUCUGGGUUGCGCCAUGUACCUAG